AUGAACCAUCCAUCAUCGCAGCACGUCUCAGUGCUUCAUCCCAGCACCUCCCAGUCCUUCAUCCCAGCACAUACCAGUCCUUCAUCCCAGCACAUACCAGUCCAUCACCACAUCCCAGUCCUUCAUCCCAGCGCAUCCCAGUCCUUCAUCCCAGCGCAUCCCAGUUCAUCACCCCAGCGCAUCCCAGUUCAUCACCCCAGCGCAUCCCAGUCCAUCAUCCCAGCACAUCCCACACAUCCCAGUCCUUCACCCCAGCACAUCCCAGUCCUUCAUCCCAGCACAUCCCAGCGCAUCCCAGUCCUUCCUCCCAGCACAUCCCAGUCCUUCAUCCCAGCGCAUCCCAGUCCUUCAUCCCAGCGCAUCCCAGUCCUUCCUCCCAGCACAUCCCAGUCCUUCAUCCCAGCGCAUCCCAGUCCUUCAUCCCAGCACAUCCCAGUCCUUCCUCCCAGCACAUCCCAGUCCUUCAUCCCAGCGCAUCCCAGUCCUUCAUCCCAGCGCAUCCCAGCAAAACCACCCCUCUCCUCCCCAGCCAUGGGGCUUAGAUCCCGCCUGGAAUGA